AUGUCUGGUCCAAGCCACGUGGACAGGGGGAAGCGGGCCCGUGCAGUACGUUGUUGGUUUUUGUUAGUAAAUGAAUUUGAUUUUAUGCAUCUCAAAAGGAAUAUACUUUCUCCUCCUUACACUUGCACUACAACAACAACACUUUGUCAACCUGGAGAAACCACAGAACAUGCUCCGUCGACACUUCAAACAUCUUCAUCUCAAGGAAGACCAGGAAAACGAGGGAUGAAUGGUUUGCCUGGACUAAAAGGAGAAAAGGGAGAACCCUGUCAGUGUAAUAUUGCUGACGAAAAGGCAAUGAGAGAGCUGAAAAGCAAAAUGGAUGAUAUUGAAAUUGAGAAUCGAGAAAUGAAACAACAAAUUCGGGAUCUCGAAACAAGACACGAUAAGAUGAAUCAAACCAUCAAUGAACUAGACAUCGAUUCCUUUUCUCCAUCGAGUUGUGGCCCAAAUGGAACAAUCGAAAAAAUAUAUCCAUGGAGAAACGAAGGAAACUUCAGACCUGUUACAGUAAAUUGCGAACUAUAUUCAGUGAAUGAAGAUGGAUGGAUUACAAUUCAGAAACGACAAGAUGGAUCAGUCAGAUUUUACGACAGAAACUGGGAAAAUUAUGCCAUAGGUUUUGGAGAUAAAAAUGGAGAAUAUUGGCUUGGUCUUCGAGCAAUUCAUCAACUGACAACAUCGAAAAAUUAUAAACUUCGUAUUGAUUUGAGAUUCCAAUCUGGUUCAGUAAAGUAUGCAGAAUACAGCACAUUCAAGGUUGGAAGUGAAAAGUCAAAAUUUCAGCUGACAAUCUCUGGAUAUUCGGGUGAUGCUGCAGACAGGAUGUCGUAUCAUAAUCAACAAUAUUUUACCACUUAUGAUGUAGACAAUGAUUCAGGUAGUAGAAAUUGUGCUCGCAGUUACAAUGGUGCCUGGUGGUAUAAGAAUUGCUAUCAAUCCAACCUGAAUGGAAAAUAUGAUUCUAUCUUCUACUGGAACGAUCAUCUCUCGUUCAGUGAAAUGAAGAUUCACCCGGUGUAA